AGCUCAGUAUCGUUCGGAAACCAGACGCGUGAAGAUUGCUAAUUGCUAAGCCCCCGAACCAGUUGUCGAGCAGCAGAACAUGGAGAUCAUUCGAUUUGUUGACAGUGCUCUCAGAACUUUGAUCGCCGGCAGCCUCCUCAUCCUGAUGACGGCCAUUUACCGGGAGGACACCAACGCCGGCUCCCACUACAUUCACCCCAGGCACACGAUGCACUAA